GUAUAGCUUCAAAGUAAAUAUUUAGUGUCUCCUUUUGGUCUCCUAGGAGACAAGGCGAUCCCUCUUUUCCUCUGCCAGUGUAAGGAAUGUCGGUUCUGUAAGAGUCCGAGGACCAACCAGUGUGAGAAAGCAUGGACCAGAAUUCGUCAAGAAAUUAUGGCCGGAGUGGAAUCCAGGUUCACCUGUAAGGGGAAGAGGAUCCACCAGUUCAUGGGAACCAGCACCUUCUCUGAGUACACCGUCAUCAACCAGAUCGCUGUGGCCAAGAUCGACCCCGCGGCUCCUCUGGACAAGGUCUGCCUGCUGGGCUGCGGGAUCUGCACCGGUUACGGAGCCGCGGUGAACACCGCCAAGGUGGAACCGGGCUCCAGCUGCGCCGUGUUCGGUCUGGGAGCCGUGGGYUUGGCUGCUGUCAUGGGCUGCAAGGCGGCAGGAGCCAGCAGGAUCAUCGCCGUCGACAUCAACCCGGACAAAGCCGAGAAGGCCAAAGAGUUGGGCGCCACCGACUUCCUGAACCCAAAAGACCACAGCCAGCCCAUCCAUGAGGUGAUCUCUGGCAUGACCGGAGGAGGGGUGGACUUCUCCCUGGAGUGCUUACUGAUCUAA